UGUGAUCCAUUAACACUAACUCAUCCCUCUUUUUAUAUAUGUGUACAAACAUUUUGUUUAUUUGGGUGGCAUAAAACAUGGAUGAUUUCAAAGCAGAGAAAAUAGAGAGCCAAAGUGAGGUCCCGGAAGCUGAGGCGGCCAGGAAAGGCACCACCUUCCUCAGAACUUGUUUCAAUGGGCUCAACGCCUUGUCAGGUGUUGGAAUACUCUCAAUCCCAUAUGCACUAUCCCAAGGAGGAUGGUUGAGCCUAAUUGUUCUGUUUCUAGUAGCUAUCCUCUGUUGGUACACAGGACUUCUUCUCCGACGUUGUAUGGAUUCAAGCAUGCGCAUCAAAACUUAUCCUGACAUAGGUGAGCUUGCUUUUGGGUACAGAGGAAGAGCAAUAGUAUCGAUCUUCUUGUAUCUCGAGCUUUAUUUGCUUGCAGUUGAGUUUCUGAUACUUGAAGGUGAUAAUCUUCAUAAAUUGUUUCCCAACAUGGAGUUCAAAAUUGCUGGGUUGAAAAUUGGAGGAAAACAAGGCUUUGUUCUGUUGACUUCCCUGGUAGUUCUGCCAUCUACAUGGCUGAAGAGUUUGGGAAUUAUGGCCUAUUUUUCAGCAGGUGGGGUUCUAGCCUCUAUUGUUCUUGUUGUUUGUGUGUUGUGGGUUGGAGCGGUUGAUGGAGUAGGUUUCCAUGAAGGAGAUAUGUUUUUAAAUUGGAGAGGAAUGCCCACUACGAUAAGCAUGUUUGCCUUUUGUUAUUGUGGGCAUGCAGUUUUCCCCACCCUCUGCAACUCCAUGAAGGAUAGAAGCAAGUUCUCCAAGGUUUUGCUUGUUUGCUUCAUCACAAGCACAAUCACCUACGCAUCAAUGGCUGUUCUUGGCUACCUAAUGUAUGGAGAACAUUUAAACGCUCAAGUGACCCUAAAUCUUCCAGUUAGAAAAAUUUCUACAAAAAUAGCAAUUUAUACUACACUAAUCAAUCCCCUUACAAAGUAUGCUAUCAUAUUGACUCCAUUAGCUACUGCCAUUGAAGAAACAACAUAUUUUCGCAACAGCAGGACUCUUAGCAUCCUCAUAAGGACAGCACUUAUGGUAAGUACAGCAGUUGUAGCCUUAACCAUUCCAUUUUUCGGCUACAUAAUGGCCUUCAUUGGAGCAUUUCUCAGUGUCACUGGAUCUAUGUUGAUGCCAUGCCUUUGCUACCUAAAGAUUAACAAAGAUGCUAGAAGUUUUGGGUUGGAGUUGAUAAUAAUUGUUGUUAUCUUGGUGGGUGGCUCGUUUAUAGGCAUAGUGGGUACCUAUACAUCUUUGAAACAAAUUGUAAACCAUCUCUGAAAAGUCAAGAUGGUGCAAUGAUCUUAGUAAAAUCAACACAUACUAUAGGAAGUUUAAGCAAAAAGGAAACUGGUAAUAUACCUGUUCUUUGAUU